UUAUCCUAAUUAAUGUCUAUCUAAUUAAAUUACUGUCAGCAGUUAACCAAUGGCAGGAGCCGUUUCAUCGGCUGCACAAGCAGCAAGAUCAAAAGUGAGCCUUUUCUGAUUGCUGCAUAGUGUCAAUUGGCCAAUCUCUUCUCCCAGGGAAAAAAAAAAAGUAAAUCAAACCUUUGAGAAGCAUUUGCUGGUUGAAGUGCUUUCUGUCUAGUGAGGGGGUCUGUGGAUUUCUAGUUUAUGAUAAAUAGGACUUUAAAAACCAGGGACAGGAGGGCGAGUGUUCAGGUUCUAGAGCUAUGCAGCUGGAGCACUGCCUUUCUCCUUCUAUCAUGCUCUCCAAGAAAUUUCUCAAUGUGAGCAGCAGCUACCCACAUUCAGGCGGAUCUGAGCUUGUCUUGCACGAUCAUCCCAUUAUCUCGACCACUGACAACCUGGAGAGAAGUUCACCUUUGAAAAAAAUUACCAGGGGGAUGACGAAUCAGUCAGAUACAGACAAUUUUCCUGACUCCAAGGACUCACCAGGGGACGUCCAGAGAAGUAAACUCUCUCCUGUCUUGGACGGGGUCUCUGAGCUUCGUCACAGUUUCGAUGGCUCUGCUGCAGAUCGCUACCUCCUCUCUCAGUCCAGCCAGCCACAGUCUGCGGCCACUGCUCCCAGUGCCAUGUUCCCGUACCCCGGCCAGCACGGACCGGCGCACCCCGCCUUCUCCAUCGGCAGCCCCAGCCGCUACAUGGCCCACCACCCGGUCAUCACCAACGGAGCCUACAACAGCCUGCUGUCCAACUCCUCGCCGCAGGGCUACCCCGCGGCCGGCUACCCCUACCCACAGCAGUACGGCCACUCCUACCAGGGAGCCCCGUUCUACCAGUUCUCCUCCACGCAGCCCGGACUGGUACCCGGCAAAGCGCAGGUGUACCUGUGCAACAGGCCCCUCUGGCUGAAAUUUCACCGCCACCAAACGGAGAUGAUCAUCACCAAGCAGGGAAGGCGCAUGUUUCCUUUUUUAAGUUUUAACAUUUCUGGUCUCGAUCCCACGGCUCAUUACAAUAUUUUUGUGGAUGUGAUUUUGGCGGAUCCCAAUCACUGGAGGUUUCAAGGAGGCAAAUGGGUUCCUUGCGGCAAAGCGGACACCAAUGUGCAAGGAAAUCGGGUCUAUAUGCAUCCGGAUUCCCCCAACACGGGGGCUCACUGGAUGCGUCAAGAAAUCUCUUUUGGAAAAUUGAAACUUACAAACAACAAAGGAGCUUCAAACAACAAUGGGCAGAUGGUGGUCCUCCAGUCCUUGCACAAGUACCAGCCCCGCCUGCACGUGGUGGAGGUGAACGAGGACGGCACGGAGGACACCAGCCAGCCCGGCCGCGUGCAGACCUUCACGUUCCCCGAGACGCAGUUCAUCGCCGUCACCGCCUACCAGAACACCGACAUUACACAAUUGAAAAUAGAUCACAACCCCUUUGCAAAAGGAUUUCGGGAUAAUUAUGACACGAUCUACACCGGCUGCGACAUGGACCGCCUGACCCCCUCGCCCAACGACUCCCCGCGCUCGCAGAUCGUGCCCGGGGCCCGUUACGCUAUGGCCGGCUCUUUCCUGCAGGACCAGUUCGUGAGCAACUACGCCAAGGCGCGCUUCCACCCGGGCGCGGGCGCGGGCCCCGGGCCGGGCACGGACCGCAGCGUGCCGCACACCAACGGGCUGCUGUCGCCGCAGCAGGCCGAGGACCCGGGCGCGCCGUCGCCGCAGCGCUGGUUCGUGACCCCCGCCAACAACCGGCUGGACUUCGCCGCCUCGGCCUACGACACGGCCACGGACUUCGCGGGCAACGCGGCCACGCUGCUGUCCUACGCGGCGGCCGGCGUGAAGGCGCUGCCGCUGCAGGCUGCGGGCUGCACGGGGCGCCCGCUCGGCUACUACGCCGACCCGUCGGGCUGGGGCGCGCGCAGCCCCCCGCAGUACUGCGGCGCCAAGUCGGGCUCCGUGCUGCCCUGCUGGCCCAACAGCGCCGCGGCCGCCGCGCGCAUGGCGGGCGCCAACCCCUACCUGGGCGAGGAGGCCGAGGGCCUGGCGGCCGAGCGCUCGCCGCUCCCGCCCGGCGCCGCCGAGGACGCCAAGCCCAAGGACCUGUCCGACUCCAGCUGGAUCGAGACGCCCUCCUCCAUCAAGUCCAUCGACUCGAGCGACUCGGGGAUUUACGAGCAGGCCAAGCGGCGGCGGAUCUCGCCGGCCGACACGCCGGUGUCCGAGAGCUCGUCGCCGCUCAAGAGCGAGGUGCUGGCCCAGCGGGACUGCGAGAAGAACUGCGCCAAGGACCUGGGCGGCUACUACGGCUUCUACUCGCACAGCUAGGCCGCCCCGCGCCCGCCCCCCGCCCGCG